AUGUCUCUGAAUAUGUCACUGUUUUACGUCUUCACACACUCAUUCAAUUUACCAGACGAGUACAAGUGCCCAGAAAAUUUAACGGUGUCCACUGUGCCUAGACCGCUUUUGGGAUCUUAUUUCCUUGCUAGCGGAAUAGUUUUUAUUACUCUUUACUUCCCAUGCUUCCUUGCAAUUUUGAAACUUAAUCUGAAAAUUCCUGUCUACCAACUUAUGCUGGUCCUCUCUAUCUUUGACAUAGCAGCACUGAGCAUUCAGUCACAACUGGAAUCUUUGAUAUACGGGAUAUGGUUUUGUCAAUACCCGCUCCCAAUAUUCUUAUAUGGAGCAGUUGGUCAAACUUGUUGGAUGAGUGGAAGCGCGUGCUCAAUUCUCCUCGCAGUAAAAAGAUGCGUCGAAAUUAAUCCGAAAUUUCCAUUGGAAAUAUUGUUCCGGAAGAGCGUUUUUCCUUUUGUUCUGGUAGCACUCAUCUUAUUCAGUUUGUGGUGUUUUUUGUUUGUUAAACCGGUUUUGUUCUCCGUUAUACUUAGUUCUUGGAUCUAUAACCCAUUGAUCGGAACAAAUCCCGAACUUUACGACAGUAAUCCUGAUACCAUUUGCAACAUUGUUCUAGUUGUUACCACAUCUCUUUUGUACAUCUAUCUGUCUUACAAUUUAAUUUUCAAAUUUGGCUUUUCCACUUCGAUUUGGCUUUAUAAAACAAAACGCCAGAUUAUAUUCCAAGCAAUAAUUCUUUGUGUAUUCCACGCCAUUGUGGCCGGACUUUAUGAGUUUAUGCGGUUUUUCUAUUACUCGCCAACAUUAAUCAUCAUCAGUCAAGUUUUAUGGGGAUGGAGCAGUGGAUGCAUGUGCAUUGCCUAUCUAACAUUCAAUAGAACAAUUCGGAAUUUGGUUAAAAAAAUUAUAAUACCUAAAUCCAUCAGAAUGCGAUAUGGAAUUCACGGUGAUUUCGAAGAGCACUUGGCACACACUGAAGCUGCACACAACGUUGGCACUGGAAUUGUUAAUGCCGGUGGAUGUGUAAUCAGAAUAGAUAAUUUUAUACAUUUUGACUAG